AUGAGCCUGGCCGUGCGCUUGUUCUCACAGGCGCGGGUGCGGCGGUUCAGCACUUCUGGGCCUUUGGCUGGAGUACGCGUGCUGGACAUGACCCGCGUGCUGGCAGGCCCCUGCUGCACGCAGAUCUUGGGAGACCUCGGCGCGGAGGUCACCAAGGUGGAGCGGCCCGGCGUGGGCGACGACACCCGCGGCUUUGCGCCACCCUUCCUGCCGGCCGCGAAGGAGCAGCCCAUGGCCGCCUACUUCGCUGCCCAGAAUCGCAACAAGACGUCCCUGACGCUGAACUACACGAAGCCGCAGGGCCAGGAGAUCCUGCGGCGCUUGCUGAAGUCCAGUGACGUCCUGGUGGAGAACUUCAAGACCGGCACGCUGGGCAAGUACGGCCUGGGCUAUGCUGACCUGAAGCAGGACUUCCCUGGGCUGGUCUACUGCUCCAUCACUGGCUGGGGACAGACUGGCCCUUACAGCGCCCGACCCGGCUAUGACGCGCUGGUUCAGGCUAUGGGGGGCUUCAUGAGCGUGACUGGAGAUCCGGAGGGUGAGCCGAUGAAGGUCGGCGUGCCCGUCCAUGAUCUUUAUGCCGGCUUGCAUGGGGUCAUUGGCAUCCUUGCUGCCCUGCGGCACGCAGCUGCGACUGGGGAAGGCCAACACGUAGAUAUUGGCAUGCUGGACGUUUCCACGGCCAUGCUGGCCAACCAGGCGAGCAACUUCCUGGCGACGGGCAAAGUGCCAGAGCGGCUGGGGAACCAGCAUCCCAAUAUCGUGCCCUAUCAGGUGAUGCCUGCCGCGGAUGGCUACUUCAUUCUGAGUGUGGGCAACGACCCCACCUUCGAGCGCUUCAUUGCUGUGGCUGAGAAGGCCGCACCGGGAGCUGCCACCAAGCUCUUAGACGACGACCGCUUCAACUCGCAGACGGCCAGGGUGGCCAAUCGGAAGCUGGUCACGGACACCUGCAACGCCAUCACCAGGCAGCGGCCGGUGUCCUGGUGGCUGGAAGAGCUGGAGAAGUCCAGCGUGGGUUGCUCGCCCAUCCAGAACUUGGAGGAGGUCUUCCAAGACCCCCACCUGCGAUCGAGGGAGAUGGUCAUUGAAAUGGAUGUGGCAGGCCAUGGUGUUCCCGCCAAGUUGGUCGCAUCACCUCUGAAGUUCUCGAAGACACCAGCGUCCUACCGGCAAGCGCCCCCGGCGCUCGGCGAGCACACCGAGGAGGUGCUGCAGCGGGCCGGCUUCAGCGAGGACGAGGUCGCCGACCUGAAGAACUUCAACCUCAUGGUGGACAGCCUGGACGACGUGCUGGAGCGCGUGGAUGCGAACCUGAGGGACGCGGCGUCCGGGGUGCGAGACCGGGAAGCCCGCGAGGACCCGGAGGAGGAGGCGCCUGCGCCAGGCCCAGCGCCGGGCAGCCGCUUGCCAAAGCCGCAGGUGCGCUGGCGGCACCUUGUCGACAACCACCGCACUCGCUUUGUUCCCAGGCUGCUGGUGAAGCACAACGAGCAGUCGCCGCUCUCGACGAAGCUUCUGGAAGCUCAGCAGAAGGUUGGCAUCCGGCCGAAUGCUGAGCCUACGCUCCCGGGCGUUGGAGGUUCGCAGGACUUGGCUUCCGCUUUGGCUCAUCCCUAUGAGCAGGAGCUGAGUGCGAUCUCCUGGCCAGACAGCUUCUUCGAGCCGCGCCCUGCGCAGCGGUAUCCACGAGUGGAGGACACUCCGCUGGUGAUUGUGCGCUCAGAGUCGCAGCUGAGAGAGAUGAUCGAGGAGAUCAAGGCGACUUGCACUGGCAAGGAGAUUGCAGUGGACGUCGAACACCACGACCAAAGGUCAUAUCGCGGCUUCGUGUGCCUAAUCCAGGUGUCCACUCGGAACAAAGACUUCCUGGUGGAUCCCUUUGACAUCUUUGAGCAGAUGCAUUUAUUGAAUGAGAUCUUCUCGGAUCCGAGAAUUCUGAAAGUGCUCCACGGGGCUGACCGUGACGUGAUGUGGCUGCAGCGGGACUUCUCAGUGUACCUGGUGAAUAUGUUUGACACGGGCCUGGCCACACGGCAAUUGAGGCUUCAAGGUGGCUACUCCCUGGCCAACUUGGUGUCUCAGUUCUGCGGUGUCAAGCUGGACAAGAAGUAUCAGACAGCUGACUGGAGAGAACGGCCAUUGCCGACGGACAUGAUCUACUAUGCCCGUGCCGACACUCACUACCUGCUCUUCUGCUUUGACUGCCUGAAGAAUGCCCUGCUAGCCCAGAGCGGCAUGGCCUCGACCAGCGGCGUCAACCUGGGCAUCCCCACGCUGGAGCGGGGAGACGUGCAGGCCACAGACGAGGGCGUGCAGGCGCUUCAGACGGUGAUGCAGCAGAGUGCUGCACUGUGUGCCCAAGCUUAUCGGGAAGCCCCGCUGGAUGCAGGAGAACUGGCCCAGGGCUUGUGCAAGCGCUUCGGCUCCAAGCAGCCGCUGGAGACCAAGCAGCUCAACACCCUCAAGGCCUUGGCUGAGUGGCGGGACCAGCUUGCGCGGAACAUGGACGAGUCCUCGAACCACGUGGCCCCAGACUCGUGCCUUUGGCGCAUCUGCUUGGCCAUGCCCACCUCGCCAGUGAAGCUGCGUAGCACCUGCAACCCGCUCCCGGCUAUCCUGCAGCAGCAUGCGCAAGAGGUGGUGGAUAUUGUGGUGAAGUGCUCACAGGGGCAGACUCCUCUUGAGCUAACAGCCAGGGAACCCGCGCGGCCUGAGCCGCGUGUGGAGGAGCCUGCUGUCGAAGAGGAGGCCCAAGAGCUGGUCAUGAAGCAGGACUGGCCGACGCGUUCGCCUGAGGCUUCGCCCAGGCCUUUGGUGCACAUUACCGCCACCUUCGCCGGCACAAGGGAAGUCCAGUGCAAGCGCAAGUGGUCUGUGCUCUGCGGCUUCGAUUCUGCGUCCGAGGAGCCCAGGGACUCGGAGCAGUCCAGGCCACAGAAGCGAGCCAGAGUGAUCCGGCGGAAGCUCAGCUUCGGGGUCUCAGCCCCUGCCGUGGUGACCGCGGCUGUCCCUGACAGUGCUUCGGCGGUGCUCCAGGCGACUGUGAGAGACCUCAGCUCAGCAAGUCAGGCUGAGGCCCCGAGCCAGGAGGGCCCAAGCGACCCACAAGCCGAGCCGGGCGAGCCGGGCGAGCUUGGCGAGCUUGGCGAGGGCCAGGGCGAGCCGGAGAUGCCUGUGCCGCUGCGGAAGCGCAAGCGAAAGAGGCGAGCCACUGCAAGCCUGGAGCAGCUGGUUGCAGCUCCUGCUGCGAAAGCGGCGACUCCAGUAGCAAUGACCUCGGCCUGGCCUGAUUGUGGACAGUUUCAUUUACAGAAGGCCGCGAAGGCAGCUGCAUCCCCGGUUAAGCCGGCUGCGAAAGCGACGACACCAGUAGCAAAGACCUCGGUCGAGCCAGUGAGUCAGGCCGCGAAGGCAGCUGCAUCCCCGGUUAAGCCGGCUGCGAAAGCGACGACACCAGUAGCAAAGACCUCGGUCGAGCCAGUGAGUCAGGCCGCGAAGGCAGCUGCAUCCCCGGUUAAGCCGGCUGCGAAAGCGACGACACCAGUAGCAAAGACCUCGGUCGAGCCAGUGAGUCAGGCCGCGAAGGCAGCUGCAUCCCCGGUUAAGCCGACUGCGAAAGCGACGACACCAGUAGCAAAGACCUCGGUCGAGCCAGUGAGUCAGGCCGCGAAGGCAGCUGCAUCCCCGGUUAAGCCGGCUGCGAAAGCGACGACACCAGCUGAGCCAAAGAAGAAGCGAAGGAAGGUGUUGAAGCGUGUGCAGGCUCCCGUGGUGGACCCGUACCUCUGA